CAGAGAGAGAGCGAGUGAGAGCGCGUGAGAGAGUUCUGUCGGUUUGCUCGGGCACGCGGAGUCUGUAGAGGAGGUCAACAGCAGGACUACCUAAAGAGACGCCACCAUGCCGUACCAUAAACACAGCAGCAGCAGUAAGCGGACUCCAAACCGGAUGUCUCAGCACACGUUAUCGCAGUACCCAGAUGAAAAAAUGCUCACCUUCUACCGCUGGACAUCGCCACCCGGCGUGAUGAAGAUCUUGAGCAUUAUCCUCAUCAUCAUGUGCGUGGGAGUGUUUGUGUGCGUGGCGUCCACGCUGGUGUGGGACUAUGACAUGGAAGGCAUGGGCAUGAACAUGGGCAUGGGAAUGGGUGGCGGGGCGUACGGUGGAAGUGGAGGAUACGCUGGGUCGUACGGCACUGGUAUGGGAGGCGGGUACGGAGGAAGCUACGGCGGCUACGGCGGAUACGGCGGCUACGGCGGAUAUUACAUCAACCCCCUGACGGGCAAGGGGUUCAUGAUCGCCAUGGCCGUGAUCGUGUUCAUCGCCGUGCUCGUCAUCUUCAUCCUCGUGAUUUCCAGGCAGAACGCAGCCAGGUCGCCCAAGUUCUACCUGGCGAGUAUCAUCAUAUCAGCCAUCUUGGCUUUUCUCAUGCUCAUCGCCAGCAUCGUCUACCUGGUGGCAGUCAACCCCAUGGCGCAGGGUAGCGGCUCCAUGAUGUACAACAUGAUGUGGCAGCUGUGCGCGCAGUACCAGAACCAGCCCCAGAUGUCGACAGGACUCUUUAUCAACCAGUACAUGUACCACUACUGUGUGGUAGACCCUCAGGAGGUUGUUGCUAUCGUUUUGGGAUUCCUGGUGGCCAUAGGACUGAUCAUCCUGAUGGUGUUUGCCAUUAAAACCCGUUCCCAGAUGUACCGGUAUGGAAGACACCGUGUGCUCUGGGAGGAACCCCGUCCUUUAAACGACGGCCUUUCUCAUGGCGUCGAAAAAUGGGUGACUGAUGUGUCUGGGGAGCCAGAGGCUUAUGUGAAUGACCACAACGAUUACAUCGUCAGUUCACGGAAUUACACUGAACAAGCCCGUGAUGUGUCGAAACCACUCUAUCUGCCUGGAGACUCAGAUACGACCAGCACGACCAUCGUGUUAAAAGGCCGAGCGAGAGACUACGACACGGGAGACUCGGCAGACGAGCUGGACGACAGUGACUAUGGCAGUGAGUUCCCUCCCAUCAUGAACGUCAGCGAGAGAGGGGAAUACAAGCGGCAGUUCGAACGCGAUAUGAUGGAGUAUAAGCGUCUGCAGGCUGAGCUCAACGACAUCAACAUGGGGCUGGCCGACGUUGACCGAGAGCUUGACGACCUUCAGGAGGGAAGCCCACAAUUCCUGGAUGCCAUGGAGGUAUACUCACGACUAAAGAGCUUAAAGCAGUCCUCAGAAUACAAGCUGAAGAAAAAGAGAUCCAAAGAGCUGAAAUCCAGACUCUCGUUGCUCAAGAAGAGGGUGAGCGAUUACGACAGGAGAGCGUGAGCAGCUCGGGACAUUGUUUUUUUGUUUUGUUUUCUGGUGUACCUCUCCAUGCCAUGUUUGUCGUCCAUAUUCAGGUCUCUCAGCUCAUGUUUUUUUUUUUUUUUUUUU